UUUUGGUUUGUGCGUGCGAAGUCUUCGGAAGCGCAACUGCCCUGGGUCCCUCUAAUUUAUCUCUGGACAAUCUGAUUCUGCUGCGUGUGACCCGAGAGUCCGCUCUGAAAUAAUAGAAGUUUAGAGUGAAGUUGACUCUUGAUUUUAGAUAUCUCACGGACGGUCUUCACCGCUCCUCACCACGAGCGCGCUGGACCAGCGAGACUCCUCAGGAAAGUCGGCUGGAGUGAGUGUCAGUUCAGUGGGCAUGUUGUGCAGCAGCGAACCUCAUAUGCGAUUAAUAUAAUAUUAAUAAGUAAAUAAUUGUAUAAAAGAGCAGGGCGAUAAUGUUCAAUCGAUAGUUAUUUAACCAACUUAAUUGUAGUCCUUUAAUAAAUACACUUCUGCUUUAAGCUUUCAAUUGCGGGCUUUAAGUGUUUUCCAUAUAGGCUAAUUUCGAGCAAGAUGCGCAUGUGGGGACGAAUAUACUAAUUAGCAAUAGGGUAGGUUAUAAAGUUACCGUUCCCCCGGCCAACAUAUAUUGUAAUCAUCACUCGGUUGCACCUCGUUUUCCAAGAUUUAACGGUCCUUGGAAUUAUCGCGUAAUACCUUUGACAACUUUGCAUUUGAGUUUCAACAAUGUUUCUCAAAGGUUACGGUUUUACAUACCGCACUUGUCAAAAUGCCAUGCGAAUUUUAUUUUAUGGCUGUGACUUGAUUUUUAGAUAACUUAACUUAAAUUCAGAGUCCAGACCCAGACUUUUAGAGGGAAGAAAUUGACUCGCUGUAAUUAGUCUUUAGUCCAAGUAAUUAUCCGAUGCAGACAACCUGAUUAUGGCUUCGAAUUCAGUUGGCUAAAUCACCAAUGUAGAUAUGGACUCACUGUUAAAUAGGUGAUUUGAAACUGAAGUCCGUUACAUUUAUUACUUAUAUAGAUAUACUUUAACCAUGUUAAGCACCCCAUCAAAUAACGGUGGCAUUAGAAUGUUGGUUCUCCCCGCACCUAACGACGAUAGACGGGUUGAGUUUGUGGCUCUUACCGCCGUUCAUACGGAGAGGAGUGAACCAUCGACCCCGGAGCGCGUGUACCCUUCUCACCGCACCGGGCUCCUCGGUACCCCGCUGCCCGGGCGUCUUGGACCCCGGGCGACCACCUCAGUCUCCAGCAAGCGCUACAGAAAGUUUCAGAACUUCUUGUACAACGUACUGGAAAGACCACGAGGAUGGGCAUUCAUCUACCAUGCGUUCAUUUUCCUGCUGGUGUUCAGCUGUCUGGUUCUGUCUGUGUUCUCCACCAUACCAGACCAUCAAAAGAUAGCCAACGAAGGCCUCUUCAUCCUGGAGUUUGUGAUGAUCGUGGUGUUUGGUCUGGAAUACGCUGUGAGGGUUUGGGCAUCUGGCUGCUGCUGUCGCUACAGAGGAUGGCAGGGGAGACUACGCUUCGCCAGGAAACCCUUCUGUGUCAUAGACUUCAUAGUGUUUGUGGCGUCGUUGGCGGUGAUCGCAGCGGGUACCCAGGGGAACAUAUUUGCUACCUCUGCCCUGCGCAGCAUGCGGUUCCUCCAGAUCCUCCGGAUGGUACGCAUGGACAGACGAGGAGGCACCUGGAAACUACUGGGCUCUGUGGUCUAUGCCCACAGCAAGGAGCUCAUUACAGCGUGGUACAUUGGUUUCCUGGUCCUGAUCUUUGCCUCCUUCCUGGUUUACCUGGCAGAGAAGGAUGUCAACACGGAGUUCAACACCUACGCAGACUCCCUCUGGUGGGGAACGAUUACUCUCACCACCAUCGGCUAUGGUGACAAAACACCCCGCACCUGGUUGGGCCGACUCCUAGCUGCCGGCUUUGCGCUCCUGGGUGUGUCCUUCUUCGCCCUUCCUGCUGGUAUCCUGGGGUCAGGCUUUGCUCUGAAGGUGCAGGAGCAGCACAGACAGAAGCACUUUGAGAAGAGGAGGACUCCUGCUGCCAACCUUAUACAGGCUGCUUGGCGUCUGUACUCUACUGAUGCUCAGCACUCCUACCUGACAGCCACUUGGUACUUCUAUGACAGCAUGCUUCCAUCCUUCAGAGAACUGACACUACUGUUCAGUCACCUUCAGCGACGGCGUAGCGCCAAGAAUGUCCUUCACAACUCCCACAACACCCUGCUGUCCGGGCUACGGCCCUACAGCUCCCCCUACCUGUCAGGGGACAGCAGCAAAAUGGGAUUCCGGGACAGGAUGCGGCUGAACAACUCCCGUUCGUCCCAGGCGAGCCGGAACAAGGCGUCCCCGCUGCCUCCCGGGACGAGUGUCCGCCAGUCGCCCAGCAUGGACAAUGUCCCAGAAGCCACCAGCCCCGGAAAGGUGCAGAAGAGCUGGAGCUUCAACGACCGCACGCGCUUCCGCACCUCCCUACGACUCAAACCCAGACCUCCUGCAGACGUGGAAGGAGUAGGGGAGGACAGUGUUGAAGACAAACCAUAUUGUGAUGUUGCCAUGGAGGAGGUGAUCCCAGCAGUGAAGACCUUGAUACGGGCUGUUAGGAUUCUGAAGUUCCUGGUGGCCAAGCGGAAAUUUAAGGAGACUCUGCGUCCAUACGACGUGAAGGACGUCAUAGAGCAGUACUCUGCUGGACACCUGGACAUGCUGGGGAGGAUCAAGAGUCUACAAUCCAGAGUGGAUCAGAUAGUGGGUCGUGGAUCGUCCUACCAGCCAGAUAAUAAGAAGGUGAGGAGUGAGAAGGGAGAGAAGACCCCUCCAGAACUAGACCUUAUGGACGAGCUCAGUAUGAUGGGACGUGUCAUCAAGGUGGAGAAACAGGUGCAGUCGAUAGAGAACAAGCUGGACCUCCUUCUUAACUUCUACACACAGUGUCUGAAGAAAGGCUCCUCCAACUUCACCUUGUCCUCCCUGUUAGAACCAGACCUGAUGUCGGACUUCCACAGCCCCACAGACCAUCGUGACCUUUUCCCCUCCGCCAACACACUCAACAUCUCCCACUCAGAGUCCAGCAACAUAAAGUGACUGGUAUUGUACUCACUGACUGAGGCUGGGGCUGAAUCUGGGAAUGAACUGGGUCCACCGCUAGACCCUCACCACAAUGGCCCUGAGAUGUCAUGUCACAAUACUGGACUGUAGCAGCACCCCUGGAGCAACCCACUAUGCCCAUAGCUCUUCCCACUAAUUACCAAACCAAUUUGAUUCCUAACUUUGGAGGUCUGACUCCUUUAGGAAUUCACAGUCCACACCUUAGGACCCACACUUUUUACCAUUGACUGAUCCUCAUCUUUAAUCAUUUCUCCCUCCACAUACACUACAUGGCCAAAAUUAUGUGGUCAACCCUUCAAAUGAGUGGAUUCGGCUAUUUCAGCCACACCCAUUGCUGACAGGUAUAUAAAAUCGAGCACAAAGCCAUGCAAUCUCCAUAGACAAACAUUGGCAGUAGAAUUACCUGUACUGAAGAGCUCAGUGACAUUCAACGUGGCGCCAUCAUAGGAUGCCACCAAGUCAGUUCAUCAUAUUUCUGCCAUGCUAGAGCUGCCCUGAUCAACUGUAAGUGGUGUUAUUGUGAAGUGGAAACGUCUAGGAGCAACAACGGCUCAGCCCCGAGGUGGUAGGCCACACAAGCUCACAGCACAGGACUGCCAAGGGCUAAAGCGUGUAGCAUGUAAAAAUCGUCUGUCCUCGGUUGCAACACUCACUACCAAGUUCCAAACCGCCUCUGGAAGCAUUACCAGCACAAGGACUGUUCGUCGGGAGCUUAAUGAAAUGGGUUUCCGUGGCCGAGCAGCUGCAUACAAGUCUAAGAUCACAAUGCGAGAUGCCAAGCGUCGGCUGGCGUAGUGUAAAGCUCGCCACCAUUGAAGCAGUGGAAAUACAUGCUCUGGAGUGAUGAAUCACACUGUGCAUUCUGGCGAUGACAGGAGAUCGCUACCUGCCCGAAUGCAUAAUGACCUGGGGCUGUUUUUCAUGGUUCAGGUUAGGCCCCUUAGUUCCAGUGAAGGGGCAUCUUAACGCUACAGAAUACAAUGACAUUCUAGAGGAUUCUGUGCUUUCAACUUUGUGGCAACAAUUUGCCAAAAAAAGGCCCUUUCCUGUUUCAGCAUGACAAUGCCCCCGUGCACAAAGCGAGGUCCAUACAGAAAUGGUUUAUCGAGAUCGGUGUGGAAGAACUUGACUGGCCUGCACAGAGCCCUGACUUCAACCCCACCGAACACCUUUUGGGAUGAAUUGGAACGCCGACUGCGAGCCAAGCCUAAUCGCCCAACAUCAGUGCCCGACCUCACUAAUGCUCUUGUGGCUGAAUGAACGCAAGUCCCUGCAGCAAUGUUCCAUCAUAUAGUGGAAAUCCUUCCCAGAAGGGUGGAGGCUGUUAUAGCAGCAAAGGGGGGACCAACUCCAUAUUAAUGCCCAUGAUUUUGGAAUGAGAUGUUUGACGAGAGGGUGAUCACAUACCUUUGGCUAUGUGGUGUAUUUUAAAUCAUCUGCUCCGUUUUAGAGCCCCCACUAGUGGAGUCUUCAUCAUACUAUCCUUUCUCUGUUACAAACCAGCACCCAUCAACCCUAACUACUCCUCACAUGAAGCCCUUCACUCACACCCUCCCUCCACACCCUCCUCCCUUAAUCCUCUCCCUUCAUCUGGCCAUAGCCCUAUCCAACCCUAACCCAGCCUCAAGUGAACCAGUGGAGUCCCUACUGAAUAUGCAUACACUGGCCACCAGAGGGUACCAUCUGAGCAGAGUCCUGGCCCGAAGAAGAGAGAGAACAACACUACUACUUGACCACCUAACACUACUAACUGACCAGUUUCACUCACCAACCACAUCAUAUAUACUGUAUCUAUCUAUGCCUUUUCCUAAAUAUCAACCCAAGUUUGGGUUUUGUACAUUUUUUACACGGUUUGGUGUUCUGUUAUCUGCUCAGUUUUUUUCCUCUACUGGUUUCCUAAUUUGUAAUCAAUAGAUUUCCAGAUGAACCAAUGAACUGCUGCAGCUCUCCAACAGUCAGAAUAGCUUUGAUUUGUUUGAUUAGUUCUCUAAUCUGUUGCUAUAGGAGACGGACUGUCUCUAAGCUUCUGAUGAAUGUACUGUGUGCGCCCUGUUCUGUCCCCUCCUCCUCUCAUCCUCACCACACCUUCCACAGCUCAACUCAACUCUCUUUCUGAGGCACUGCAAAGACGUCAUGUCCCCAUCUACUCCACUGUGGGGAUACCCAGACUGGAAAAAAGGCCCAAAAAUGGACGACUCGUCAUGAAUAGAAAGAUGAAAACCACAGCCAUUUCACCAAAACAUCAGCUCUCUGUCCUUGCCCUCCAGUCCAGGUUGUUUCAUGAUACUCGUUCUACAGUAUGCUGUCCUGAAAAGAGAGGGACUAGGUUACAACAAGAGAAGAACUUAGGCCUCGUGUGUGACACUUGUUCCAUCCCUCUUUGAAGUACAUCCAUGCCAUUCCGAUAGUCUCCCGACUCAUGAUUCUCUAUACAAAAAGCCCUAUUUGCAAAAAAAAAGAAAAGAAAGAGAAAGUGACUCCUUGAAACAGCCAAUAUGGUAUUGCAUAAUAGUGAGAGAAAUACUGGAAGGAGGCAGGCUCUGUUUUCCAAAUCAGUUUUGGAAUGGGGAAUCUCUCUCUCUAGCAUUGUUUCAUGGCAUUCUGAAGAGAUUUUACACAUCUUCACAAAGGGUCAGGUUAAAGGGGUUAUUGUAUGUUUUCUACCUGUUGAUCUCUUUAAAAACCUCUGUCUUGCCGCCCACCCCUCAGACAUGCGUGUUCCUCAGACCAGACCAAAGGGUAAGAAAACACUGACCCCAAGUCAGACUAUAGAGGGUGAUGUCCCUUCUCUCUGUAUCAGUACUCCUCCAUUCUCACCCGUCUUUGUCACGUAGUAUCUCACUCCUGUGUUUCAUGUCAGCUGGUUUAGGCCAGCCAAUCAGCUCAUGUCUAUGAUGAGAUGUUUUCCAAACCAACCAACUAUCACACAUUCUUUGGCUGCUUUCCAACAUCAACACUAGCAUACUACUUAAAGUGCAUGCACCAACCAUAAUAGCUUCAAAGCAGUGUGCUAGUGUGGAUGUUGGACCAGAGCCUUACUUUCUCUCAUUGUCGAUAGAGAAAUCUUGUCUCGUUGAUUCGCCCAACACACGCACCUUCUCAUGAUGCACGUCAAGUGAACAGACUGAGUACUGUUGGUGUGAUGUAGCCAAUCGUGUGAAUGGUACAGUCAGGUGGUGGCUGAUAAGAUAAUGCCUGGGAGGCAUUCAUCCAUGUCAGAAGCAUGAUCUCUGGUACUGUAGCCUCUCCUAUCUAUGCAUGUGUCUUAGCCAAUAGCUUUAUAAAUACUUCUUUACUCCAUCUAACCGUGGCAGGAUUCAAUGCAGACGUCCUCCUUGCAUUAUCGACAAGAGAGAGUCCACUUUAGCCGUAUGGUGUAUGGUUGUUUAUGGUUCGCUGACAGAGCCUAAACAAUGGUUUGCUCAUAGUGGUAAUGUUAUGUAAAGAUUUUCUAAUGGACAGAACUGGAGAACACUCACCCCAAAGUUAUAUUCUUGUACCCACUGUAGUGGACACUAUGGCACCUGAAGAGACUCCUGUAAUAACUGUAAUCAGAGUACUUGUUAAGUCGUCCUUUCUGUUUGUUCAUACACUCCACCGCGUCUCCUCUGACAGCUAAAAUUACAUGGACCAUUUCUAUGAUUGUAUUUUUGUGGGGGUUUUUAUUGUUUAAAGUGAAUGUUAGAUUUGAGUCCGUUAUGAAUGUGUCCUCCCAUUUUGUUUUUUUGAUAUUGUUUCCUAUAAAGUUUAAUAAAUGUAGCAUUUUUGUCAAGUCAAAUUGACGAUGCAUGACUGUU